UGUUGCGUAAUACGAAUGGCAGCCUGGAUAGCGGCCACGCUUACUUUGUAAAAAAUAUAUAUACUUUUUUAUUGCGGGUUAACUGCAUAAUUGUAAACCGUAAGAUUCAGUUAUGUCUGGAAGACAAGGCAACAAAUUACCCAGCAAUCUGCCACAACUGCAGAAUCUUAUAAAACGAGAUCCAGAGUCAUACGUUGAGGAGUUUUUGCAGCAGUAUCGGCACUACCAGUCUAAUGUUCAGAUCUUCAAACUUCAGCCUGAUAAACCCAAUAAGGAGCUGGCUGAGCUCGUCAUGUUUCUGGCCCAGAUUAGUCACUGCUACCUGCAGCAUCUGUCCACCUUUCCCCAGGAGCUGUCUGACUUGUUACUGAGUCAGCACACAGUCUUGGAGCCGGACCUCCGCAUGACGUUCUGCAAAGCCUUGAUUCUCCUGAGGAAUAAAGAUCUGAUCAACCCAUCAGGCCUGCUGGAGCUUUUCUUUGAGCUGCUGCGAUGUCAUGACAAACUGCUCCGGAAGACGCUGUACACUCACAUUGUAGCAGAUAUAAAAAGCAUUAAUGCUAAGCACAAAAACAACAAAAUCAACACAACAUUGCAAAACUUCAUGUACACCAUGCUGAGAGACAGUAAUCCCACAGCAGCAAAGAUCUCUUUAGACGUGAUGGUGGAGCUUUACACGAGAAACAUUUGGAAUGAUGCCAAAACAGUGAAUGUCAUUACAACCGCAUGCUUCUCCAAAGUCACAAAGAUCCUCGUUGCAGGUCUUAAGUUCUUUCUGGGCAAAGAUGAGGAUGAGAAGAAUGAGAGUGAUUCUGAAUCUGAGACAGAAGGCGUGUCAGCCAGAGACCUUAUGGUGAAAUAUUCCACUGGCAAGAAAACCUCCAAAAACAAGAAGAAGCUGGAAAGGGCAAUGAAAGUCCUCAAGAAACAGAAGAAAAAGAAGAAAGCAGACGUUUUCAAUUUCUCUGCAAUUCACCUGAUUCAUGAUCCUCAAGAUUUUGCAGAGAAACUCUUGAAACAGCUGGAGGCAUCGAAAGAGCGUUUUGAGGUGAAGAUGAUGAUGAUGGAGCUCAUCUCCAGACUAGUGGGAAUCCAUGAGCUGUUCCUCUUCAAUUUUUAUCCCUUUAUUCAGAGGUUUCUUCAGCCUCAUCAGCGAGAAGUGACAAAGAUUCUGCUGUGUGCUGCUCAGUCGUCUCAUCAACUCAUCCCUCCAGAGAUCAUUGAACCUGUGAUCAUGACCAUCGCCAAUAACUUUGUCACAGAUAGAAACUCUGGAGAGGUCAUGACGGUGGGUAUCAAUGCUAUCAAGGAGGUGGCGGCACGCUGUCCACUUGCCAUCACUGAAGACCUGCUGCAGGAUCUGGCUCAGUAUAAGACGCACAAAGACAAGAAUGUGAUGAUGUCUGCCAGAGGACUGAUCCAGCUGUUCAGGAAUCUUAAUCCACAGAUGCUGCAUAAGAAGGACAGGGGUAAACCCACAGAGGCAUCAGCGGAAGCCAAGAUUAAAGAGUACGGGGAGCUUGAAGCUAAGGAUUAUAUUCCUGGAGCUGAAGUCCUGGAAGUGGAGGAGGAGAAGAAGGAAAAAGGAGAGGAGGACAAAGAUGGCUGGGAGACUGCCAGUAUUAGUGACGACAACAAAGACGGUGAAUGGGUGGACAUUCACCACUCAUCUGACGAAGACACAGGAGAAGUUGCAGAGAAGCUUCAGAGUAUGCCAGCAGAGGAAAGAAAAGCCAAGGCAGCAGCGGUUAGUGGCAGUAGACUCCUCACUCAAGACGAUUUUAAGAAGAUCCGUCUGGCCCAGUUGUCCAAGGAGGUCAACGCCGCUCCAGGAAAAGGCCAGAAGAGGAAGAAUGUGGACAGUGAUGAGGAGGGAGACAGCAGAGGGGAGCUGCUGACAUUGAGGCAUAUUGAAAAACUGCAUAAGAAACCGAGAGCAGACAAGGAAACACGACUGGCAACAGCAAUGGCAGGACGGAGUGACAGAAAGGAGUUUGUGAAGAAGCGGACCAAGCUGAACCCACAUGCCAGCACCAGCAAUAAGGAAAAGAGGAGGCAGAAAAACUUCAUGAUGAUGAAACACAGUCAUAACGUCAGAACCAAAGGCAAACGCUCCUUCAGAGAAAAACAGCUUGCUCUGCGUGAUGCACUCCUGAAAAAGAGGAAGCAGCAUAAGUAGGCAGUAAAGUUACAUUCGCAGUAUUGCUGGCGACCUGGAUUUUUUGCGAACACCAAACCAGAUCUUUGACUGUGUAAAAUAUUGUACAUCCUACAACUCGCUUGUAAUUUAUCACGUGGCUGAUUUAUUAUUUACAGUGGAAGCAUAGACUGCCUUCAUUUGCACUGUUCUCUAAUAAAUGUAAUGAUUUUCUGAA